AUGGCAGAGCUCCCCCCGCCUUUGGUUAUCUUGGGAGAUUUUAGCGCACACCAUACCGUUUGGGGUUGUGAUGACAGCAACGCGCGGAAAGCGAGUGCUUUGGCCCGGCGCACCAUCCGGGAGGCAAAGCGCGUAUCCUGGAUGUAG